UUCUUUUCUUAUUUACCAAAAAAAGAAUUGUAAAAAAUAAAAUAAAUAAAAGAUAAGCAAACAAGAGGUCAUAACAAAGUUUCUCAAAAAGUUGGAUAAGGGUAGGAUAGGAAGUUCAAGGAAUAAAAAGAACUAGAAGCAAGUAAAAGGUAAUACAUUUGGCAGCCUACCGUUUUUACUUUUCAUGCGGUCAUUUCCUCCCUUGAAUCCCACGCUUCCCAGUUCUGCAGUUCCCGCUCAAUCUUGCAGGAUUGUUUUGCUGCUGAUCGCCAAAAGGAACAAAACAAAUGGCUCUAUCAGAAGAUGAAAUCACGAGGCUUUACAGAAUUCGAAGAACGGUGUUGGAAAUGCUGAAAGAUCGGGAUUACUUAGUUACAGAAGCUGAGAUCAACAUGACAAAAGAACAAUUCAAGAGCACAUAUGGAGAGAACAUGAAAAGGGAAGAUCUUGACAUCAAUAAAGAAAAGCGGAGUAACAGCUCUGAUCAGAUAUAUGUCUUCUUCCCUAAUGAGGCAAAGGUUGGGGUAAAUACAAUGAGGGACUACACCAAGCGCAUGCAAUCGCAGAAUGUGUUCAGAGCAAUCUUGGUGUCUCAAACAAAGCUGACUCCUUUUGCAAAUAGAUGUAUAAGUGAGAUGUCUACAAGGUUCCGCAUGGAGGUUUUCCAGGAGGAAGAACUGUUGGUGAAUAUUAGAGAGCAUGUUCUAGUUCCUGCGCAUCAGGUGCUUACAAAUGAGGAAAAGAAGAGUUUGCUGCAGAGGUAUACCGUGAAAGAAACACAGCUUCCUCGGAUGCAGGUGGUUGAUCCAGUUGCAAGGCAUUACGGGCUUUCACGUGGACAAGUUGUGAAGAUAAUCAGGCCAAGUGAGACUGCCGGAAGAUACGUCACCUACCGUUAUGUUGUGUAAUUAAUGCUUUUGUUGCGGGUUGAAAUUUGAAUUGCAAGUGUUAUGUAGAAAUGGGGCUCAUAUCUAAGUCUUGGUAGAUUGGGAAUUUAGGGACCUUUUAUGAUGUUUGAACUCAUCUUUGUGAUCCUCGGUAGUGCGUUUGGUUCUGAACUCCAGUAGAUGUUGUAGCCUUCUAGGUAUGGUUAAGUGAAGCUGAUUCAGUGACUUCAUCAGUUUUUUCCUUUCAGCCCUUUUUGUUUUCUUUUCCAAUAAUGAUUUGAAUUCAUCUU